AUGUCGUAUGACCACUCGCAGACACCUGUCCGUCCGACAUGGGCCGCUCCGGUGGCUGCGGUGAGCCAGCCGAGCAUGCUGCCUCACACCUACGCGAUGCAUCAGCCUCCCUCCUUCAGCCACAGCGUCACGGCCCAGUCGCCCAUCAUCGGCGUCACCCCGUCCAUGCACCCGCAACACCCUCUCAUGACCGCACACUUCCAGUCCACGCAUCAGCCGCAGUCCAUGGUGCUCAACCUGCCCACGCAGCCUCCCUACCAGCCCCCCGUGGUCACGCCAUCUCCGCUGCACGCAAACAUGCAUCCACAUCAUCAUCACAUGGCCAAUGGACACCUCGGGAACGGUCACCUUGCCCACCCGCACCCAGGCCACGCCCCACCGUUGUUCCACCCGCCCUCAGCUUUGCCUCUAACAAAUGGGCAGGCGCAGCUGGCGGAGGCCCAGGACGGAGCCAACGGCUUGCUGCGUACGGUGGGCAUGGGGAAGUAUGAAUUCAGCGACCCGGGACAUCCCAAAGGUCAGGACGCACACAGAGUCUAUCUCUAUCUUUCUCUCUGCCAUCUCUUCACUUGUCAAUGCUGA